CGGGUUCAAAGUUCUUGCCGGGGUCCUCAGGGCGCGGCUUCUUCACUCCAACAUUGGAAGCAGUGCAACAUUAGCACACCACUUUUUCCCUUAUUUCGCUAUUAUUCACGCCAAAAGAUGUCAGGCAGGGAAGGAGGCAAAAAGAAACCCCUGAAGGCUCCCAAAAAGCAAGCCAAGGAUUUGGAUGACGACGAAGUUGCCUUCAAGCAGAAGCAGAAGGAGGAGCAGAAGGCCUUGGACGCAUUGAAGGCCAAAGCUUCUGGAAAAGGGCCACUCUGUGGCGGCGGCAUCAAGAAAUCGGGCAAGAAAUGAAACCUUGUGAUGUUUUCCACGCUGCUUCACGCCACUGCAGUAUGGCUGAAUUUUUAGUUUUUGUUUACUCUGCAGUGUUGACUAAGUGUAGCGUGUGUCCGUCUUACAACUGUGCGAUAUUUUCUUGGCCUAAACACUUGGGAGUCGCUGACCAACCAUUUUCAAAUAAAAGGUGUUUCUGUCAAAAUGAA